AUGACUACACCUUACUUUUUAUCUCUUUGCCACUUGUUCACACCAAGAAAUUCUAGAUACUGGAAUGUCAGUCUGAAACACAAUGGCGUAAGGUGAUUAUGGGGAGGUUCAGAUUUGACUUCCACUAUCUCUACCAAUCAAGUGAGAGGUAGUCGUAGUGGAAAUAAAAUCUGAACCCCUAUUUAUGGUUAUUAACCCAUUUUGUAACAGGUUAUCUUAUUUCUUCAUUUUUCUCUCUCUAAAACCAGAUGAUUCAACUCUUCAAGAGGAAUGGUUUCUUUUAAAAAAAUGUAAGUUUAUAUAUAUAUAUAUAUAUAUAUAUAUAAGUAUAUAUUUAACAAUUAUACCAUGAGCUCGAGUCGUAUAUGAGCUGAUAGCCGACGAGGUGCGUAGCACCGAGUCGGCUAUCAGCCAUAUACCACGAGAGCGAAUGGUAUAAUUGUUUUAUAAUAUAGUCUAAUAUAGCCAUUAACUGAAGCAGUAAUUAAUUAUUCACUGUUACAAUGUGUUGACAAUUUGUUCGGCCAAAAACCGCUUGAAAAUUUGGAAUACUUUUGUUUUACAACUCGAAGACGAAGUGGAAGAAAUGGUUUUAGAACCUCUAUAUCUCACAGGAAAGCUCAGAUAUAUUAUACAGAUGUUUGGUACUAUAGUAAGUGCUUGUUGACUGCAAAUUCAUUUGUCGUUCAUUGCAAACUUUUCUGAACAAUUUAUAUUCUCAAUGAACAUGUUUUUUCGCUGUUGUUUCGGUAUUAAUUCUUUAAAAAACUUGUAUUUAAACUAAUUUCUAUGUAAUAAAUGUAUUUUGCUAACCUGUCAAAUUUUUUUGAGAGUUUUUCCUUGUACUAUUAUCUUUCUCAAAGCGAAUAUUUUCCUUUUUUCUGCUUCGCAAAACUUGUGUAGUUUUUGGACCGCCAUCUUGUUUUUCGCUACUCGCUGUAUACAAUCCAACCAAUCAGAUUGCAGAACAGCUCAUAUACGGUGAAUGACUAUAUAUAUAUAUAUAUAUAUAUAUAUAUAUAUAUAUAUAUAUAUAUAUAUAUAUAUAUAUAUAUAUAUAUAUAUAUAUAUAUAUAUAUAUAUAUAUAUAUAUAUAAAUUGAAAAUUUCAAAUAUUUUUGUUUUGCCACUCGAAGACGAAGUGAAAGAAAUGGUAUUAGAAACGGUAUAUCUCACAGAAAAGCUCAGAUAUAUUACACAGAUGUUUGGUAGUAGUAAGUGCUUGUUGACUGCAAAUUCAUUUGUCUUUCGUUGCAAAGUUUUCUGAACAUUUUAUAUUCUCAAUGAACAUGUUUUUUCGCUGUCGUUUCGGUACUAAUUCUUUGAAAAAAAACUUGUUUUUAAACUAAUUUCUAUGUAAUAAAUGUAGUUUGCUAACCUGUCAAAUUUUUUAAGAGUUUUUCCUUGUAUACUAUUAUCUUUCACAAAGCGAAUAUUGUCCUUUUAUCUGCUUCACAAAACCCAUGUAGUUUUUGGACCGCCAUCUUGUUUUCGCUACUCGCCGUAUAUGAGCUGAUAUACGAUGAGUAAUUCAACCAAUCAGAUUGUAGAACAGCUCAUAUACGGUGAAUGACUAUAUUAUAAAUAUAUAUUUAAAAUUGUUAUCUUUUCUACUUAAAAUUAAUGAAAUCGCAACUCCGAGUUUCACGUUAUGUAUGUAUAUAUUAAACAAGUACAGAUUCUGUACUAAAACCAUUAAUUCUGUUUUGUGAUUGGCGCGGUUUAAUGAAAGAAUCUCCCCGUUGAACCAGAGCCUUCGCGACGUUUCAAUUUAUUAUUUAAUGUCGAAGGCUCUGGAAUCCAGGGUAUGCAUGGUAGUGAUUCCGAGUUUUCCAGGAUAUUUUCUUCAUGUAGGUUAUUUAUUAAUAAAGAAAGUAGGUAAGAAAGUAUACACUUGCGAUAUUUUAAAUAUAUCAUCCUCUUACUCGAUCUAAUUUGGAGUAUUUUGAACACUCAUACAUCCUGUACACAAGUACAACCUAUCAACACCCACACAAAUUUAGUAUUCUAUAAGUCUUUUGUCUUUAAAUUUCUUUCCGCCCCCGUGUAAUUAAUUAUAUUUACGCCUCAUCAUUAUUACUAUAUUGACAAGGAUUUUCCUUUGGUGAAAGAUAUUAAUUUCUACAGGUACUUCUCAAACAUCCUUGUUCAGGAAACUCUCGUACUAAGUAUUGCACUUGCAUCAAUAUAUAAUUGCGAAAUCACGGAAGAAACAUUUACAGACGCUGCAAUUUUCAAUACUAAAAUACAGUAUUUUGCUUGAUUAAAUUUAAUUAAUAUGAAUUACGACCGAGAUCUCCAGAGCGGUUUCAAUUGAAUUUUGUUCAAUGCUUAAAAUACACAUUACCAAUGUCAAUAAUUGAAUGCCAAUAUUCUUGAACGAUUUCCCUUGAACUUUAAUACAUCUAUUUAUGUUAAUUUGGGAGUUUUCCACAUAAUGGACAAAUUUAUAGCUAGCAUCAAUAUUAAUUAAUAUAAACUCUCAUAAAUUAAGAAAAAUGUAUCAAUAUUCCAGUUUGCUAUAUACUAUCACCAUUAUAAUGGCGUAAAUAUUACAAUAGUAUUUACACAUUAAAGCAUCUGCAUAAAGUUUUACACAAUACCUCCUUUCCUACUUCAAAAAUAAUGCAUCUGACCAAAAGUGUUUCUAGCUUGCCUUCACGAAACACAACAAAUUUUCUCCUGGUAGCUAUACUUCGGGUCAGUCCUGGAGGAACACAGCCAAAAUGAUUGUCGUCCAGACUUCUAACCAGAAAGAAUAUAAAUGAAAUUCAUAGUGUGCUUCGGCCGUUCAGGUUUUGACCAGUUAUAAAAAUAUGGGGCGUAUUGGACAUGCAGACAAUGAAACAUAGAGCUCAACAGAAGAGAGCGGAUACAUGUUUUUAUUGCUUUGAAAUAAAGUAAAACCAUGCGAAAAUCUUUCUCACUUUACUUUAACUUGGUUGAUCUGUAACUGAUUAACUUUUUAAUUCUUUAAGGGCAUGCAAUAAAGACCUGAGGCAGGUUGUUCGAAAAGUGAUAAAUUAGCGUCACUAUUUUUAAGAUUAAAUCAAUAUUGCUCUACAAAUUUUUAUGUAGACUUCUCUACUGCAUUAACAAACCAUUUUUAUAAUAUAGCUUAGUAAGACGUUCUUGAAAAUUAACAUUGACUAGGGCUCCGCUCAACAUAAGUUUCCACAGAAAUAACUGAUAUGAGGCUACUUUUUAAUGCUUGGUAUAUUAGCUAUAUUAUUCAGUUUUGAAAUGAAAGAUUUUCGCAAUAAAUAAUAAUUAAAAAUACUCAGUUUUGUCGAGUGCCUGAUGGCAAUUAAUUUCGAUGAUGACAUGCGCAUGUCAAUCCUGCAGGUAGUGAUGGAAUGGCUGCUUUGUUACCCAGUAACGGGAAAGUGUGAAUGUUUUUGGAAGCAGUAUAUAUAUACACAAAAAUUGAGAUAUUCUGGGUUCUAUAUUAAUUAUCAAUGCGGCUGAUUCAAACUUUAAAAAGACUAUAUGCGUUACUGACAUUCGCAGCUUUGUACGAUUACCCACCAAUUAGCAGGGGCUGGACAAAUAAGUAUUAUUAUUACUAUUAUUAUUAUUAUUAUUAAUUUAUUUCGCCCAAUUUUCCAAAGUACAAUAAAAUUUAACUAUUUACAUUUUUAUAAUCUAUACGUAGGGCUAGAGAUCUUUUAGAAACCCUUUUGGGCUUGUAAUUUAAGACCCCUAGUUAUAACAAAACUUUUUAUACUUAGUAUGAUUUCAUGAUGUCAUAAGAAUAGUACAUAAUAUAAUAACGAAAAUAUAUACAAUUGUGGGGGUUUUUAAAGGUAUAAUCCAAUUAAAUUAAGCUUUUUAAGUAUAAUCCAUUUAAACAAUUUUGUCUAUAUCGUUCAGCAUGCAGUUAAACAUUUUUAUCCAAUGGCUGUGUAUAUAUGCACUGCUUCCAAAAACCUUCACACUUUUCCCAACCGUUUUGCGUUGCUGGGCAACAAAGCAGUCAUUCCGUCACUAACUACAGGAUUAACAUGGGCAUGUCAUCAUCCAAAUUAAUUGUCAUCAAGCACUCGACAAAACUGAGUAAUUUUUAUUAUAUUUUGCGAAAAUCUUUCAUUUGACUAACUGAAUAACAUAGCUAUAAAUAUACCAAGCAUUAAAAAGUAGCCUCAUAUCAGUUAUUUCUGUGGAAACUUAUGUUGAGUGGAGCUCUAGUCAAUGUUAAUUUUCAAGAACAUCUUACUAAGCUAUAUGGCUAAUGGUUUGUUAAUGCAGUAGAGUAGUCAACACGUCCAAAAAUGUUCAGAGCAAUAUUGAUUUAAUCUUAAAAAUAAUGACGCUAAUUUAGCGCUUUUCAAACAACUUGCCUCAGGUCUUAAAGCUCUUACUGCACUUAUUAAGAAAAUCAUCCCUUUUAAUUUUUUAAAUUAAAAAAGUCAGUUAGAGAUUAACCUAGUUCAAAAGUAGAGUGAUAAAGAUUUUCGCAUGGCUUUACUUUAUUUCAAAGCAAUAAAAACAUAUAUCAUCUUUCUUCUGUUGAGCUCUAUGUUUAAUUGUCUGUCCAAUACGCCUCAUAUUUUUAUGAAUGGUGAAAACGUGAACGCCCAAACAACACUAUAUGAUUUUCAUUUAUGUUCUUUCUGUUUAGAAGUCUGGACGACAAUAAUUUUAGCUGUGUUCCUCCAAAAUUGAACCGAAGUAGCUAUAUCAGGAAAAAUUUGUUGUGUUUCGUGAAGGCAAGCUAGAAACUCUUUUGGUCAGAUGCAAUAUUUUUGAAGUAGAAAAAGAAGUUUCGUGUAAAACUUAUAUCUUGUAAUAUACUUACACCCUUAGGCUAUAAUGGUGAUAUAGUAGAGCUACCUGGAAUAUUGAUACAUUUUUACUAAUUUAUGAGAGUAUAAUAGCUAUUUUAUUGAAGCGUGCAUGCAUAUAGCCUAAGUAAAGUAUAAAUAAUAUCAUGGCUUCGGUUUAGGAAUUUUUUCACUCUUUCAAAUUCCGUGAUUUCGAAGUAUGGUGCAGUUCGAGUGUACAGACAAAUUAGCGAAAAAAUAAUCUGUCCUGACAUGUGUGAUAUGAAAUUGUCGGUUCAGUAUAUUUAGUUGCGAUAAUAGCUAAAUUUAUCCAUUAGCCCAUGCACAAAAUGAAAAUUUUUAUUGUUGGUACGCUUUAUUUUAUUUAUAUUAUUGACCAAGUGUUGCUUCAUCACUUGCUAAAACCUGCUUGGACGUUAAGUGCUCGAUCUGAUUUAAAAGAACGCAUGUAGGAAAAAAAGAAGUAGGCUAUCUAUUUCAAGAUAUGAUUAUUGUUUCCGUUUUCGAAAAAAAAGAAUAUAUUAAUUUUACAUACGUGCGCGGUUUGAUCGGGUAGUUUGAUCCUAAUAUUAGUAAGCUUUUGGUAAUUAAAAUUCUAAAUAUUAAAUAAAAUUUCGGGUAAGUUUGAACAUUGUGGUAUGUAAACAACAUAUUGUAAUUACGUUUUGGCUGUGUGAAUGAAGUAUGUUCAUUGUCUAAUAGAAGAUAACAAGAUAUUAUUAGCGUUGAUAGAAAUCCUGGUGUUUCUACCAUACUUUAUCGCCAUAUGAAAGCAUUAACUUAUUUUUUAUGUACUAUUUAAAGCACGCGUAAAAAAAUACUUAAUAAAAAAACAAGGCAAAAAAUAAUGUUGACCUGUUUUAUGUGUUCGAUUAUUGUGGAAGCUACAUUGGAAGGAAUUCAACUGAAUUUAGUUGAACACAUCGAAUGCGACGGUUGUUCAUGCCAUGAAAGAAUUUAAAUUCGUUCUGUGAAUUGAUUUCGUUGUAUUCGUCCUGGUCCUGGUGAGACAUAAAUAGCGUCUGUAUAGCUCUUUCACUCGCCGUCGUUCCGUCGUGUAAAACGUGAUGCAUACAGUACAUUUUGUGAAUGUUUCAUUCUGAUUAUUUGUUUCGUCAUUUCUGUACAAACUAUGAUCUGGCAGGACAAAAUGCGAGUCUGUCUAAGCUAAUUUUCUUGUUUGUCACGAGUUCAUACUGCACUAAUGAGAACUGAAGUUAAUUGAAAUAAAGUGAACCUCUAUGAAAGUCGCCUGCAGUAAGCCGACUCCAAACUACUGUAAACAACUGUAGUGCCACUUCAGCUGUACGUCUUUAGGCUAAUUUAAAAGUAUUGUGCUUGUAUACUUUCAAGUUUAUCUUUGUGAUCAAGAUGUGAAAUAAAGAUAAGUAAAAGCACUCAUUAUAUUGGCUUACAAUGUUUGUGACUACUCUGGCGAAUAUUGUAGUCAUGGCAAGGGCGUCGUGGGCUCUGCAUAAUGAAGCCUUGGAAAGAAUAUAAAAGGUGCGAGUUUCAUCAGUCCGUCACAUCAUUUUCGGUCUUCAAGAAAGAAACAAAGAGUUCGAAGAGAAAUAAAAAACAAUGAAGAAUUUUGCACUGUUGUGUUUCCUUUUGGUGGCUUCAGCCUGUGUGCUUGGUACGUAUGAUAUGAAUAAAUUUACCUCGCCUAAUUGAUUGUAGGAUUUGAAUCAACAAAUAUUCUGCAACUGUCUGAUCAAGUUCCUAAAUCUUUUGCAUGUAAAUGAGCAGUUGUAAACUAAAUAAUACAUUUGGACACUUCAUUUCAGACAACCAAACUCUGGGAAACACUUUGACUUAAUAUAAUUUAUUUCAUUAUUUUCCAUCAAAGUCGCUCACGCUGAAGAAACACCAGCUGUCGAUUCUUCCAAGAUGGAGGAUCAGCCAAAGACUGCAGACGUGAUGUCGGACGAAGCUGAAACGGAAAACGAUGAAGUCGAUACUGAAAGCGACGAAGAAGAGACGGAAGCUGACGAUGCCCAAGAAGAUGAAGAGGUCGAAGAAGACGAAAGUAGGCGAGAAUUCAGUUUGUGAAAGAAACGUCACUGAGAUCAAACUCCCUUUCUUAACUAUAUAUAACUCUUCCAAAUGGAUGUAUAUAGUAACACAACGUACAUCAGUUUCUUCGAAAAUAUUUGUCAGAUCUUUACUGUCUUCAAAUUCAGUAUAUGUCAGAUCUGUAGUGUCUUCGAGUACAUGACAAAUCAACAUAAAAUAUAUGACUGAGCUAUCCCGCGUAAUAUAUAUAUUUGAAAUAUCUAUAUUCCUAGGCAUCUCACUCAAUUUUACUAAAUAUUGAAUAAUUGAAAUCUUUCAACAUCAGUUCAAUCGAGCAACAUCCCUAAACAUCAGUAUAUCUUACCAUAUGGCCUCACGUUAGCAUAAUAUAAUCUACACAAACUUCCACGUAGAGUCGAGUACCACACUGUGUAGGUCAGUUUAUUAGAGCGGUGCAGCGGAGCAGCGUGUUACAUGUUUGUUUCUAGCAAGAAGGCUUAUAAUUUUGUUUCUGCAGGAGGGCCUGCAUGCGAUCUUGGUUCAGUCUGAAGAAAUGUAUAAAAUUUACACUCGAAAUCUCCAUUCACAAAUCCUCCAACAUUUCAUUUAGUUUGACAUAAAUAACAUCAUUUUCCAUUCUUUCCAUAAGACAUUGCACAAAGAGGAUUUGCUAGAGCAGCAAAAUAUAUGGACGUGACAACAUAAUUAUCUGGUUUCAAUAAGUUUCAUAUAUUUAAGAAAUAACGAACAAUUAAACAAAUAUAUUUCUUUCUUUAGAAGAAACCACCGAUAUCGCAGAUGACGAGCCCGAGAAACGAGGUCAGUGUUUUCCCACAGUUAUCAUAUAAUUUUUAAAAAUUUAUUUUCUGAAUUUAUUUCCUUUUUUUAAAAUAUUUAUUGAAGGGUUGUAACUCACAGAGUGUAUACGAUAAAAUUUCCCAUUUUCCAGUGCGAUUUAGAUUUAAAUUUUUUAACCAACCUGCAGCUUUCCUCCUCAAAAAUAUGCGUUUGACACAUCUAUGAUAGGUCUUUUGUUCUCAUACGUAAGUCCGACUAUAAAAUGAAUGUUUUUCUGACCAAAUUUUAUUCUGCAGCAGAUUUUCCUAAUUACAUAUGCAUCUGGAAUAUAUAAAUUAGACGCAAGGCUGACGAAUUCGGCGGAAGGAUGGCGUCAGUUCUAUUCUCGUAAUAUUCUUGUUAGUUAACUUUAAAAUUCUCGUUAUCUGUAUAUGCAACCUAUGUAUUGAAUAAGUCGUAAUUAAUAAGGCUUAAUUAAGCAUUACAUGUACGGUUUGCCGACAAUGUGAUUUUUUAUAUUCAGGAUGGGUAUGCAGACGAUACAGGAAAGGUAAACUUUGGUGUAAGGCAUGUGGAUGUCGACGUGUGUGCAAACCCAAAGUGUGCUCUCGACGUGUCUGCAGACGCGUCAGAUGUACCAGGAGAGUAUGCCGUAUUGUGAUCAGAUUCAGAAUCGUCAGAUACAAAUACCGCAACCCCUAUUACAAAGGAUAUGGAAGUCUCUACUUGUGGAAGACCAAAAAGGUUCCAUACAAAGUUCGUGUCUGCAAAAAUGUGCCAAGUUUCUGCACCAAAUGUUACAACCAACGUUAUAAUUGCGGUCGUGUUUGCAGGAAUAUAUGCAAAUACAGAAAG